AUGCAUCACAUGUUUGAAAAUGGCGGCUUCCGUUUGGAUCAGCGGGUCUGUUCUAUUGCUUUUGUUUUGUGUAACAUGCAAUGGACAGAACACAAAUUACAUUAUUGGUGCUGGAAUUGCAGACAUUACUGGUCCAGCGGCGGAGGUUGACAUGAUGGGAUAUGCCAAUCCUGGCCAGACAAGUAAAGGUAUUCAUCUCCGUCAAUACAGUCGAGCCUUCAUCAUUGCUGACUCAGCCAACAAAAGCAGGAUUGUGUUUGUUAGCACAGAUUCAUGUAUGCAGUCUCAAGGACUUAAACUAGAGAUCAUCAAACGGCUGAAGAGCAAGUAUGGAGGUUUAUACAAUGAGAGGAACGUGGCUAUCAGUGGAACCCACACCCACUCUGGUCCGGGGGGAUUCCACCAGUACCUCCUCUAUGACAUCACUUCCCUGGGAUUUGUCAAUGAAACUUUCCUGUCUCUGGCUGAAGGAAUUGUUGCUAGCAUUGAUAAGGCCCAUAACUCCAUGCGACCAGGAAAUCUGUACGUAAAUACUGGAGAGCUUCUGGACAGUAAUAUUAAUAGAAGUCCUACAGCCUACCUCAAUAAUCCUGCAGAAGAGAGAGCCAAGUACAGAUAUGAUGUGGACAAAAAUAUGACAGUCCUAAGAAUGGUAGAUGCUCAGAACAAAGGCAUUGGAAUGAUCAAUUGGUUUGCUGUUCACUGCACCAGUAUGAACAACACUAACCACCUGAUCAGCAGUGAUAACAAGGGGCUGGCAGCUCAAAUGUUUGAGGCCGACAUGAACAACGGAGCAUUCCCAGGAAAAGGUGAGUUUGUAUCAGCGUUUGCUCAAAGUAAUGAAGGUGAUGUGUCCCCAAACACAAAAGGACCCCACUGUCUGGACACAGGCAAGCCGUGUGAUGUCCCCACAAGUACCUGUAAUGGCAGGAAUGAGCUUUGUGUUUCCCCUGGCCCUGGUAAAGACAUGUUUGACAGCACCAGGAUUAUUGCCAGUAACCAGUACAAGAAAGCUAAGAUACUUUAUAAUGACCCCGCUGCUUUGAAGCUUGAGGGCCCUGUAGACUUCAGACAUACUUAUGUUGACAUGUCAAAUGUAAUGGUGCAGAUCAACCAAACAUCAAAGGUCAAGACCUGUAAGCCUGCCAUGGGUUUCAGUUUUGCUGCAGGAACCACAGACGGUCCAGGGGCCUUCAAUUUCACUCAGGGUGAUACAACAGAAAAUCCAUUCUGGGAUUUCAUUCGUGAUUUUCUGAAGAAACCCUCUCCAGAACAACUGGCAUGUCAGCACCCUAAACCCAUACUUCUGGACACAGGGGAGAUAAGUGUUCCUUAUGCCUGGUCCCCCUCUAUUGUUGACCUACAGAUCUUCAGGGUUGGACAGUUAGCUAUCAUCUCUGUACCAGCAGAAUUCAGUACUAUGUCAGGAAGAAGAACAAGGGACAGUAUAACAGCUACAUUGAAAGCAUCAGGUCUGCCUGCCAAUACAGUGUCUGUGAUUGCUGGUCUGACCAAUGACUAUGCUGACUAUGUCACAACAUAUGAAGAAUACCAGAUUCAGAGGUAUGAAGGAGCCUCAACCAUCUAUGGACCUCAUACACUGGAAGCAUUCAUACAGGAAUUCAAUAAACUCGCAGUAGCUCUUGCAAAGGGUACACCAGCACCUCCAGGCCCCACCCCUCCCAACCUGAUGGACAGACAGCUGUCUUUCCUCCCUCCACUUAUCUUUGACCAUGCUCCUUUUGGGAAUAGUUUUGGUGAUGUUGUCACUGAUGCCAAUCCACAGUAUAAACAGGGAGAUUCUGUGCAAGUAACAUUUAUAGGAGCCAAUCCAAGAAAUGAUGUGAAGUUGGAGGAUACAUUCUUGACUGUGGAAAUGCAGCAACCUGACAAAAGCUGGAAAGUUAUGUACACAGACAGCCAGUGGGAAACAAAAUUUGAAUGGAAGCACACCAGCCUGUUGCUUGGAGAGAGCCAGGUGACCAUUACUUGGGAUAUCCCUCAGAACCAGACCCCAGGAACCUACAGAAUUCAGUACUUUGGAGACUCCAAAAGCUUAGAUAGAAAAAUCACAAAGUUCACUGGGAAAUCAACCGAAUUCAAGGUCAUGACCCCCAAACAAUACAGGAAGCAUAAGUUUGAGGCACCUAAGAGGGUAAAUGAAGUAUUGAAAAAGAACUGGAACUCUCUAUUUAAACAUAAAUAUAGUCAAGAUAUGUUUAUUUCGAACAAAAAGCACUGAAAAUUGUUGUUUGUCAGGUUUAUUGAGAUCUUUGCAAUAUUGGUUUUUCAAUGAUAUUAUUUUGUAAAGCGGCUUUCACUUAAUUUACACAUAAAAAAUAUUUUGAUCUGGAAUCGACCUGAUAUGGUACAAACAAGUUAUCUAAUAUUCUUUAAAUGUCGGAUUUUCGGGUUUGAAUAUGAUCAAUUAUUAUAUGUAAGAUUACAUAAAUCUGAAUAAUCUUUCAUUAAUUUUUUUUCAUUUGUAAAUUAUUGUUGAUUUGUUAUGAAGUGUUGUAUAUCAGAAAUCCAUUUCUUGUGGUCUGUCUUUUAAACCAUUACCUGUUUAUAUGUGUUCUAAACAUUCUUAUAUUUCUAAAAAAUGCUAUUUUGAUUUUGUUAUGCAUUGCAGUAUAUUUCAAAUAAUUGUCAUCCAAAGUUUUCAUCUAUUCAUUAAAAGUUUACCAUGACAGUUUAAGAUUACGUAUAGAAUUUGACAUCAUGUAUAUUUUUAAAAUUAUUUUAUAAUCAUCUGUAAAAAGUUCAGUGAUACAUUUAUAACUGAACAUGAUUGAAAGCUUUUCAAAUGAUUUGAAAGGAAAUGUUACAUCAGAAAUAUACCGGUAUGUGUCAUUCUGUAAUGUUUGACUUGAAAUAUGUGUAUGACAGAUGUUUAAUAUGUCUCUUUGUUAUUUAAUUUACAUAAUGAAUGUGCCAAAUAAUGAAUUCCUUUUUGUACAUGUACAAUUUAAUUCUCUAUGUUAAUAUUUUCUAUGAUUCGUUAAUUUUCUUUCUGAUUGUCAUUAAAUGUGAAAAAGUU